AUGGAGACACUGUCCCAGGACUCUCUGCUGGAGUGCCAGAUUUGCUUCAACUACUACAGCCCCCGCCGGCGGCCCAAGCUGCUGGACUGCAAGCAUACAUGCUGCCCUUGCCCCUCUCCAAGGAGAGGGCACCAGAAGGACCUGCGCUGCCCCUGGUGCCGCGGGAUCACCAAGCUGCCUCCGGGGUACUCCGUGUCACAGCUGCCCGAUGACCCCGAGGUGAUCGCUGUCAUCGCCAUCCCUCACACCUCAGAGCACACCCCCGUCUUCAUCAAACUCCCCAGCAAUGGGUGCUACAUGCUGCCCUUGCCCCUCUCCAAGGAGAGGGCAGCCGGGCCGGGAGAUAUUGGCUGGCGCCCCCCCCCCGCGAGGCCGCAAAAAAACCUUUUUGCCACGGCCGCCGGCGCCCCCCGGCCGCUGCAGGGUGGUCUCCCUGCCGAGGGGGGAGCGGAGGAGCCCGACCGGAGAGGUGCUGUGAAAAGCUCUACCUGGUCAGGGGUGUGCACUGUGAUCCUGGUGGCCUGUGUCCUGGUCUUUCUCCUGGGCAUCGUCCUCCACAACAUGUCAUGCAUUUCCAAGCGCUUCACGGUGAUCUCCUGCGGCUGA